CGCGCGCUCUCUCCCUCCUUCUUUCUUUCCCUCCCUCCUCCGUCCCUUCGCGCGCGCCUCCCUCCCUCCCUCCCUCACCUUUCCCCGCCUUUUUCCUGGUGUCCAAAGGCGCCGCGGGAGACGCGGGUGGGUCUCCGUGUGGGUGGGGACACAGCCACACUCGCGUCUUCCCUUGGCGUCCCCUUUUUUCCCUUCCUCGGCCUCUGAGGAGCGCAGGCAGGCAGGCAGAGGGCGCUUCCCGCCAUGCCCGCCGCCCCUCGCGGGCCCUCCCGCUCCGCGCCCCGGCGGACCCAGCCCCGAGGAAAGAGCCCCUCCGGGGAGCGCCGCGUGCCGGCUUCGCACCUCCUCGGCUUCUAAGCCCCGAGGGGAGGGGAGGGGAAGGGAGGGGAGGGGGCGGCUGGAGAGGAACCCCCUUCCCUUUCUUCCUCCUCCUCCGGGAACUCCUUCGCCCCCACUCGGAUGUCCGGUCGCCUCAGGAGCGGGGAAAAGCCCUGAGCCGCGACUCCUCGCCGGCCAGUCAACUCCUGGAGACGCGGGGAAGCGAAGAAGGAGCCCGAGGGGAGGCCUCCCCACCCGGCGCCCUGACUCCGCGCUCGGCCCAAGAUGCACUUGCUGGGAUUGCUCUCUCUGGGUUACUCGCUGGCGGCGGCGCUGCUGCUGCUCCUGCUGCUGGGAGCUCGCGAGCCGGCCACGGCCGCUGCCUAUGAAUCCGGACAGGGCUACGACGAGGAAGAGCCCGAGCUGGCAGAGGCCAAGCAGACUUACGCAAGCAAGGAGUUGGAGGAACAGUUACGAUCAGUAUCCAGUGUGGAUGAACUCAUGACAGUACUUUAUCCAGAAUAUUGGAAAAUGUUCAAAUGUCAGCUGAGAAGAGGGAGCUGGCAACACAAUAGAGAAUUGCCCAGCUUCGAUGCAAAAUCAGAGGAUUCAAAUCCAAUAAAAUUUGCUGCAGCUCAUUACAGUCCAGAGAUCUUGAAAAGUAUUGAUAAUGAGUGGAGGAAAACUCAAUGCAUGCCACGUGAGGUAUGUGUAGAUGUGGGGAAAGAAUCUGGAGCAACAACAAACACCUUCUUUAAACCUCCAUGUGUGUCCAUCUACAGAUGUGGAGGUUGCUGUAAUAGUGAAGGGCUGCAGUGUAUGAAUGUCAGCACAAGCUACGUCAGCAAAACGUUGUUUGAAAUAACCGUGCCACUGUCACAUGGUCCAAAACCUAUAACAAUUAGUUUUGCCAAUCAUACAUCAUGUCGGUGCAUGUCCAAGCUGGAUGUCUACAGACAGGUUCACUCAAUCAUUAGGCGCUCCUUACCCAUGACACAACCACAGUGUAAUGUGGCAAACAAAACAUGUCCCAAAAACCAUAUCUGGAAUAAUCACAUUUGCAGAUGUCUGGCACAACAUGAAUUUAGUUUCUCGUCCUACCUUGGUGAUACUGAUGCUGCUGAAGGAUACCAUGAUAUCUGUGGACCUAAUAAGGAACUUGAUGAAGAAACCUGUCAGUGUGUCUGCAAAGGCGGAGUGAGGCCUUCCACCUGUGGACCACACAAAGAAUUAGACAGAACAUCAUGCCAGUGCACAUGUAAAAACAAACUGCUGCCAAGCUCAUGUGGAUCCAACAAGGAAUUUGAUGAAGAAAAAUGCCAGUGCAUAUGUAAAAGAACAUGUCCUAGACAUCAGCCAUUAAACCCUGCAAAAUGUAUUUGUGAAUGUGUAGAAUCUCCAAACAAGUGUUUUUUAAAAGGAAAAAGAUUUCAUCACCAAACAUGCAGUUGCUACAGACCACCAUGUACAGUUCGAACGAAACGCUGUGAGCCUGGACUUUAUUACAGUGAAGAAGUGUGCCGCUGUGUACCCACAUAUUGGAAAAGACCACUUAUCAAUUAGAGAUGCCAAUGACCUCUGGCAGUUUGGUGUACAUUUUCCUCUCUUUGUUUAAAGACUGCUAAUAUUUUGGAUUUACUGUUCAGAAGAGACUUUAAAGGAUUAUCAGAGACAUACUCAUUUGUGCUCUGAGACACAUCGGACUCAAAUGCUUUUUAAAAACCUGGGAUUUUCUGCAUUGUAAAGAACUCAAUAGGGACUUGAUUUUUGCCACUGGCCAAACACCCUAGGUUUUCUUCCUUGUGAUUUUUUUUAUUAAAGAUAAUGACUAUAUAAUUUAUUUCCAUUUAAAAAUAUUGUACUGCAUUCUUGUUUAUAGCAGUAACAGUUUUUAAAUCUCACUGUGAUCAAUAUUUUUAUAUCAUACAAAGUAUGUUUUAAAUAAAAUGAAAAUGUAUUGUA